AAAAUUUUUAAUUGUUUACUUCAAGUAAUACCCCCUUAAAAACUAAAGACCUGCAUAAAAAAAUUAUAUCCUUUAGUCUGUGAAAAUCGUUCUACGCCAUGAGAUAUAUACUACUGGUUUUCCUUGUGGUUUUUGUGUCAGAGGCGGUUUCCAAGAAAGACUGGAAGAAGUCGUUGGUCAAGAUGCAGGAAAAGUGUAGAAAUGAGAGUGGGAUGGACAAGGAAGCCCUCGAGAAAUUAAAAAAAUCUAGGGUUGUGGAUGAAUCGGACGAAAAGGUUUUGAAGUUCAUUUAUUGCUUAGCAGUCGACAAUAACUUCAUUGACAAGAAGGGUAAUUUGAAAUCGGACAUAUUCAGGAAACAUCUGAAAGACGUUGGCGUUAAGGAGGAAACCACAAAUAAAGCUAUUGAAGAAUGCGACAAAAUUGAAAAACCAGAACGUGUUCUGCUUUUGACAAUUCGGUAUUAUGAGUGUUAUGCCAAAUAUUUACCUGCAGAAGUCCUCAUCAUGUGAGAGCAAUAAAUAAAACUAAUUGCCAA